AUGUCUGCUCCAGAUCUGCGAGAUCCAGCUGCUUGGCCACCCGGCACUGUGACAAUUAGGAAUCAAGAAUCAGCGGCAAUCAAGCUUCAGCCAACCCCCUCCAUCGAUCCCAAUGAUCCCUUGAACUGGUCCACCCUCCGUAAAACCACAAACUUCUCCCUCGUAUGUCUCUACACCAUAGCAACCUUCGUCCUCCUCGACGUUGGUGCCGUGAUCUGGACGCCAGUAAACCUCGAACUCGGCAUAUCCUACGAAAAUCUGAACAACGCCUACGCAUCCAAUACCGGAGGUCUCGCUCUGGGCUGUAUCUUGCUUGUCCCUCUGGCUAUCAAAUAUGGCCGUCGACCCGUGUAUAUCCUCAGCGCCGCAGUUCAAUUUGCAAGCGCAAUCUGGCAGGCCAAGAUCCAGACUACUGGUGAAAUGAUUGCGAUCAGUGUUCUCUGCGGAGUCGCUGGUGCCAUCAGUGAGGCUAUUGUGCAGAUGACCGUCGCAGACUUGUUCUUCGUCCAUCAGAGAGGUACAAUGAACGCGAUAUACCUCUGCUGCGUUGUGGUCGGUGCUAACUUGGCACCUGUCGCUGCUGGCUACAUCGCCGUAGAUCAAGGAUGGCGUUGGGUUUGGUGGUGGACUUCUAUCUUGCUCGGUCUUUCGUUCAUUGGCUUCGUCUUCUUUUUCGAGGAGAGUAAGUUCGUGUUUAGUCCGCUUAGACAGCAACUGCAUACGCCACGGCAGAAGGAGCAGACCCCGAUGCCUAGCAGACAUGCGAGCAAAGAAGAACUGCCGCUUUCUGAACAGGUUUCGAAAGUGCAGAGUGUAGCAGAAGUUCCAUCCAUUCCAAAGAAGUCUUACCGUCAACGUCUUGCUCUGGUCACUAAAUCAGACACGCCUCUUCUUCCACGGAUGUACCAGCCCUUCAUCAUACUCGUGACUUUUCCAGCAGUCGCAUAUACCGCUCUUCAAUAUGGUUCUAUUCUCGCCUGGCUCUCCAUCAUGAUCACCACCGUAUCGACGUAUCUGUCUCAACCUCCAUACAACUUUGCUCCCUCCGGCAUAGGAUUGUUCAAUCUUCCGCCGUUCAUUGGAGCCAUUCUGGGGAGUCUGUUUGGUGGACCGCUGAGCGAUUGGUAUAUCAUGAGGCUGGCGAAAAGGAAUGGAGGGGUGUAUGAGCCUGAGAUGAGAUUGCAUCUUGCGCUUCCAGCGGUGGUGGCUUGUCCGGUUGGCAUAUUGGUUUUUGGACUAGGACUGGCUAAGAUAAUUGGUGAUGCUUUUGUUGCUGUUGUCUUCGUUCGCAACGGCGUCUCCACGAUCAUUGUGUUCGCUCUUACGCCAUGGAUCAACAGAGUCGGACUGCGCAACAUGUUUAUCACAGCAGCGUGUAUGAAUGUCGCAAUCGGCUUGCUUACACUUCCUAUGAUCUUCUGGGGGAAGAAGGCAAGAGUUAUGAGGGCAGAGAAGUACAGACAUCUGGCGGCGAGCCAGCCAGGAGGGAGGGAUGCUUGA